ACAUUUCCAUAACCAAAACUCAAAUUUUCAAAGAUGAAGAUCAAUCUUAUUAUUCUUUUCUUCUUUGCUCUCUUCUCAUUAUAUACCUCCCAAUCCAAUGCCUCUUAUGCAAAUUCUAAUCCUGAUUUCUGUGUAGCAGACCUAAACACUCCAUACACUCCUUCAGGCUACCAAUGCAAAUCAUCAAAAGAUGUAACAGUCGACGAUUUCGUAUUCUCCAACUUUGUGACCGGAAAAGCAAUAGACCAUUUCAAUAUUACGUUAACCGUUGCAUCCGUCAACAACUUUCCAGGUCUCAAUGGACUUGAUAUCUCUGCAGCAAGAGUUGAGGUCGGUGCAAACGGAACUAUUGCAAUGCACACUCAUCCAGAUGCAUCUGAGUUACUAAUCAUGGUUAAGGGUCAAUUAAGAGCUGGAUUUGUAACACCUAAUCAUGCUUAUGUGAAGGAUAUUAAGCCUGGUGAUGUUAUGGCUUUUCCUAAAGGACAGGUGCAUUUUGUAGUUAACUAUGGAGUUGAAGAAGCUGUUGCUUUUGCUACUUAUAGUAGUUCAAACCCUAGCUUUCAGUUUCUUGAUCAUCUACUCUUUGCAAACGACUUGAACAGUUCUAUGAUUGCACACUCUACUCUUCUUGAUUAUUCAGAAAUUGAGAGGCUUAAGGCUGUGUUUGGUGGCAGUGGCUAGGGAUGUUAAUUGUUUAUUAAGAUGCACCUCUCUAUGUUUGUUUUAAAUUAAGUUAUGUUUAGUUUAAAUUAUGUUAUGCACGUGUGUUUUGUUAUAAUUGUAAUAAUAAAAGAGGUGUGAUUCUUA